CCCUCAAACACAUCUCCUUCAGAAAGUGAGCGCUGACAAAAAGGCAGCAGGAAACAGGAAACGUUCAGCUCCUGUGAGGUUGGAGCCCUAGACAGCAUCAUGACUGAGAGGGGCCAAGGUGACUUGAGGACUCCCGGCUUCCUCCUCAUCUUCUGCCUGCUGCUUGGGAAGCUCUUGGGUUUUGCUACACCUCCAGAAUAUUCUGGAGAUGAGCCACUUGUCUUGGAAGAAAUAAUCCCUCCAUUCCUGGUGGAAGUGCAUACAGAGCUGUACUCUACCCCAGAACAAGGAGAAAAUGAUGCAGGGACAGAGGGCAACCUUCGAAUUUCAACUAUGACUCCCUCAGCUGUGUCAGAGGGGGAGGGUAUGAUGAGCCCAGAGCUGCUGCUAAUGGUGGGCAUUCCGCUGCUGUUACUGCUCCUGCUGUCUUUGAUAGUGGUGUUCCUUGUAAGAUACAAGAAAAGAAGAAAAUCCAAGCCAGUGCCUUCGAGUCAAGGAUCUCAAAGUGCUUUACAGUCGUAUGAACUAGGCAGUGAAAACGUCAAAAGCCCCAUUUUUGAAGAAGAUACACCUUCUGUCAUGGAAAUAGAAAUGGAAGAUCUGGAUAAAUGGAUGAACAGCAUAAACAGAAAUGCUGAAUGUGAAUGUCUACCUACAGUCAAAGAAGAAGAGAAAGAGUCAAGCCACAACCCAAGUGAUGCUGAAUCCUGAAGGUGAACAGUGCACAUGUUUUUCCAAGAGGAACAGCCCACAAGGGAGUUAGCAAAGCCUGACAACAGAGGAUGAAGUGGAUAAAAAUUUAAUCAAUUUCAAAUAACUAUAGACACAAAAACCUUUCCCUUUCCCUUGCUGCGCUUACUCUUCAUAAUGCUGAUGACUUCACCUGGACCUGGAGGGACGUACUAAGGCAGACACGCUGGAAACAAGCUCUGGCUUCAGUCCACAAAUCCCUGAAGUUCCCUAGUGCUGGACCUGCAGCCUGUGGUUAUCCACUUCUCUUUCUCAACCUUCAUUGACUGUGGCAUGUGACUCUACCUCACUGUACUCACCUGUAGGAAACCUUUACUACCUUACUUGUCCACCUUUCUCAUUUCUUCAUGGGCCGGAAUUCAUUCCUUGGUUCUUUUUACAUCUCAAUGAAUUCCUUUGGGUAAACUCAUUGCCUCACUUGUUUCGCAUGUGUCUGUAAACCAUAUAUGUCUGAUGGUAGAUGAGGCAUCCAUCGAUAGAUUAAUUGUGCCAUGGAAGUGGCUGUAGCCAAAGCCAGGGUUUCAAUUUAAGACGUAAUCUCAGGACUGAUAAAUCUGUCCAUAGUUCACGGGUAACUCAUAACCCUAUUAAAGUGCUGGGUGGCUUGUAUCCUACCAUCACCA